GAGAAACGAAGUUUAAAGUUUUCCGCGUUUCAAGGUCAAGCUUGAUUCACACCACGCGUCCGCGACCAACCGCGUCGCGUCUUCCGUGCCCGACGAAUUGCACGAGUUCCAGUUUCCCGGUUUAGUGGGGUAAGCAAAAAAAAAAAAAAAAAAGGAAAGAAAAAAAGGAAAAUGUCCGCUCUCCAUUCGCCGUGUAUCCAGUCUGUUCACCGACUUCGAAACCAAGAACCGCUCGUCGUUUUGCUCGCGGAAAAAAUUAUUCGAUUCGAGUUUCGGGGGACCGGAAGUGAGGCAAGUAGCCGAGAGGCGGUGCCGAAACCGACGAUUAACGGUACACCGGUCGUCGAAAGAUUUUCUAUUUCCUCUAAUGGUGGAAAUCGAUGGUGGAAUGGUGGAAGGGAAAAAGAAUUAACUUUCCUAAGAGAGACGCGGCACGAUGAAUAAAGUGGACACGAUUUUUUGGUGUUUGUGCAUCGCGAUUAUGUACCAAACGUUGACGCGUGCUAACCAUACUGCCAAGGAUUCGAGCAACGCUCUGAGAAUAGACAUUUCUCGAGGAAUUGCCGUGUACGUGACGAAUAACGAAACGACCGUGAAGCUGAGCAUGUCGUCUUUGAUUAAAAGAGACGAUCCAGAGGAACGAAAAUUUGGAAUAAUAAGGUAUAAAAAGAAAAUUAUAAAAGGAAUCGGUAUGGCGAUGAUGAUGAUCCCAUUGAUGAUGCAGUUAGCAUGGCUACCGGUCACCCUCUCCUCCAUCAAAUUGAGUUUAAUCCGAAGCUUGUUCGUAGGGAAAAUCGCGUUGGCAAUAAUGCUGUACAACACGCUGAGGAAUUCCAAGAAGUCGGAAACGAUAGUGAUCCACAAACCUGAAUAUCACCAACACUAUUACGAAACUUAUCACGAACCGGAAGCGGAUGACGACGGAUGGUGGGGAAGAGGAACGAGAUGGCACUUUUCCAAAUAGAAUUAUAUCCAUAUAACGAAUAAUCGUGUUUAAGAUAAUUAUUGUUCCAACGAAAAUUAUAUAUAUAUGU